UCAUAAUGGUAAUCAUAUUCGACCAAUGAAAUCGAUUCCUUGACUUGCGAUAUUCACAGCACAAAAUAGCAAAAAUGCUAAGACGCGUUUUCGUAAACCUUGGAUUUAACUCACCGAGUGAGGCAGAGAAAGCCUUGAAAAAGUCAAAUCGUAAAGAUGGCGGUACCCGGGCACAGAAGGGAAGACUGUUGAAUCGCCCCCAAAUGGAGAAGAUUCGCGCACUUCCUCCGCCUGGAGAGGUCAAGAGACAGGAAGUUCUCGACGCCACGCCUGCUCUACCACCAGCAAGCGCCCAAAGAACUAUGGGGCUUCCCUCUCAGGCGGCCACUGCAGAAGACAAUAGGAGGCUCGGUGUCCAAGUGCUCAGAGUUGUUAAGGGCGGGAUGGCCCCCACAGGGCUCCCGCGACCCCCGGGCAAAUCCCGAUUUUCUUUUGCGAGGAAAAAGGCAAAGGCCACAGACGCCAAAUCAACUCUCCCAGACAUCAGAGAUACUAACGACAAUGCUCUCGUGAACAUGCGUACGACGGACUUACCCAAUGUCCGUGAUAUCUACACGAACAAGAAAGACAACGCGGUUCCUGUAGCAAGCGAGGGCGCAAGUGCGACCACAUCGACCACCGGGUCGCACCAGGCUAUGACCGCCAUGCAAAGCGAGGAGGAGCCUGGGGCUUCUAUGGGGCACAGGACAGAACGCCAGAAAGCCAAAGAGCUGAAGCAAAUGAAAAGAGCUGGUUUAACCCCAUUUAGACCCCCACCCCACGGUAACACCAUGGAGGACGAUGCUGAUCACAAGGUAAGUGACAGGUCCCGGAUGAAGGGUACAAUGGGUGAACAGGGCAAGUGA